UUCAAAGAGCAAGAGGGGGUGUUAAUCAUGUGUAGAGGGGGACAAAAAGACAUUAGCAGGGUGACUUUCAACCUCUGACGGUUACCCUGGAGGGUUCUGGUGAAGGAUUGAGACCCACUGGCAGUUUUCUGAUGAAGACGAGAACGUAUUUGGUCAUCAGAAAUCUGCCUCCGACUUUCCUCCAAGCCAAGUUUCUCAUCACGGAUUAGAAAAAUACCUUAUCCAGAGGACAGUGGGUCCUCCUAAAAUGUCAUCCUUUUGGGAACAGUGGGAGAAAGAAAGUUAAAGAUGUAGGAAGACUUGAUAGUAGAAAGGAAGGAAAGGAGGCACAGGGAAGUAAACAGAGAGACCACAGAAACAGAAAGAGCAAGAGAGAAGGGCGCUAGGAGGAAAGGGGAGAGAAAGGUCAUAGAAAUAACAGCCGGAGGGAGUAGGAGGAGAAAAACACAUUGAGAGAGAGGAGAAGGAAAAGCUGAUUCUUCGUUGAGGAAAGUUUCUCUCCUUAAGAAUUUUGGGUCAAGAAAUCCAACAUGGCACAGAGCGUGGAAAGGAGGUACCAGAUGCCCAGUGUGUGACCUUGGCGAAGCAAGAGUUCAGCUCGAUGGAAAUCCAAGCCCGUGUCCUGACGGCCUCUGUCCUGCUGCAGUUCAUCCUGCUUCCUGGGACAAGAUGUGAAGAGAACUGUGGCAGUCAUGAACAUUGCCUGACCACAGACUGGGUACAUCUCUGGUAUGUAUGGUUGCUGGUGGUAAUUGGUGCCCUGGUCCUGCUGUGUGGCCUGACUUCCCUGUGCUUCCGCUGCUGCUGUCUGAGUCGCCAGCAAAAUGGGGAAGAAGGAAGCACACCACCCUACGAAGUGACCGUCAUCUCUUUUGAUCAUGACAGCACUCUGCAGAGUACUAUCACGUCCCUUCAGUCCGUGUUUGGCCCUGCAGCCCGAAGAAUCCUGGCGGUAGCUCACUCUCACAGCUCCCUGGGCCAACUGCCCUCCUCCCCGGAUGCCCUCCCGAGAUAUGAGGAUGCUCUUCACAUGAAUCGCUUCACAGUAGCAAGGAGUGGGCCGAAAGCUCCCGAUCUACCCCCUGUCCCGGAAGAAAAGCAGCUGCCUCCAAUGGAAAAGGAGUCUUUUUAAGUUGAACACACCUCAGACUCAUGGGAACUGUGAUUUUAUAAAUGAGGACUGAGGUAUCCCCAAAGCCUGUGGGGUCAACAUUCUCUUUGCCAACGCUGAGAAGUUUUGUGGAUGCCAUCUAAACAUUCUGUGCAAAAGAUGUGUUCUAACUCCUCAUUCCCAGCUACUUAUAUCUUCUAAUACAGAAUGCUCUAAUAGGAAACUCUAAUUCUUUAUCCUUUGGCCAAAAUUUAUAACUAACCUUUAGCCAUGUUAAUUGCUACCCUAUCCUAGCAUCAUUGUGUCUUAAAUUUCUUCAACUACUACUUAUACAAUUUCUUUACACAUAAGAUACUGAAAGUUGCUUUUCUCUCUGCCAGCUAAUAUAUUGUGGCAAACUUGAAGAGAAAGACAACAGUGUCAGCAUAGCCAUUGACAGUAACGCAAUGAGUUCCAGCUUCUUUCCUCCCGAGAGAACAGUCAGUUUUAUACUGAGUGACAGUGAUCAUCUGGGACAUUGUACAAUAUCCACUUGGAUAUCUAAAAUCUGGGGUGGGAUUGCUGCUGCGGGCUAAGAGAACACAGUAUAGUACUGAAGUGCCAAAUACCAAAGUCUUUCUUUCAUUCUGGUCCUACCUAGCAGCAGUAUUGAAAGGUACAUGCGGGGUUGGUGCCUGUGGCUCAAAGGGGUAGGGUACUGGCUUCAUAUGCUGGAGGUGGUGGGUUAAAACCCAGACCUGGCCAAAAUCUGCAAAAAAAAAAAGCAAAAAAAAAAGCUACAUGCACAGCAGUAACUUUUUGAUUAAUUUUUCAGAGAAUAGCCUUGCUUUGCUGCUUUUCUCUU